GGGGCAUGCUGCUUGCUAGGCAGAAGAACCCAGCCCGGGUCGGACCUCAUUAGUUUGCUUUGCGUGUCACCUGAAGCAAUUGCUGGCCUCCCGCUUCCGGUACAGGCCAGCCGACUCUACCCGGGAAUCUCAACCGAACAGAACCAUGGGGCAUCCCCCGCUGGAGUUCAGCGACUGCUACUUGGACAGCCCUGAUUUCCGCGAGAGGCUCAAGUGUUAUGAGCUGGAGCUGGAGAGGACCAAUAAAUUCAUUAAGGACGUGAUCAAAGAUGGCAACGCGCUUAUCAGCGCAAUGAGAAAUUAUUCUUCAGCUGUUCAGAAAUUUUCUCAGACACUUCAGUCCUUUCAGUUCGAUUUCAUUGGAGAUACUCUGACUGAUGAUGAAAUUAACAUUGCUGAAUCCUUCAAGGAAUUUGCUGAAUUGCUCAAUGAAGUAGAAAAUGAAAGGAUGAUGAUGGUACACAAUGCUAGUGAUUUGCUGAUUAAACCCCUGGAAAAUUUUCGGAAGGAGCAAAUAGGCUUCACCAAGGAACGGAAAAAGAAAUUUGAAAAGGAUGGUGAAAGAUUUUAUUCCUUGCUGGAUCGGCACUUACAUCUGUCUUCCAAAAAGAAAGAAUCUCAGUUACAAGAGGCAGACCUCCAGGUGGACAAAGAGAGGCAUAAUUUCUUUGAGUCCUCCCUUGAUUAUGUUUAUCAAAUCCAGGAAGUUCAGGAGUCCAAGAAGUUCAAUAUUGUGGAGCCAGUCUUGGCCUUUCUUCAUAGCCUCUUCAUUUCCAACAGCUUGACUGUAGAGCUCACACAGGAUUUUCUCCCAUACAAACAGCAGCUCCAGCUCAGUUUGCAGAAUACAAGAAAUCAUUUCUCCAGUACUCGGGAAGAGAUGGAAGAACUUAAGAAAAGGAUGAAAGAAGCUCCCCAGACAUGCAAACUUCCAGGACAGCCAACCAUCGAAGGCUAUCUCUAUACACAAGAGAAAUGGGCUUUGGGAAUAUCCUGGGUCAAAUAUUACUGCCAGUAUGAGAAAGAGACCAAAACGCUCACCAUGACACCUACGGAGCAGAAGCCAGGUGCUAAGCAGCAGGGGCCCUUGGACUUAACGCUGAAGUACUGCGUGAGGAGGAAGACAGAGUCUAUCGACAAAAGGUUCUGUUUUGAUAUAGAAACUAAUGAAAGGCCAGGAACCAUAACUUUGCAAGCUCUUUCGGAAGCUAACAGAAGGCUAUGGAUGGAAGCCAUGGAUGGAAAAGAGCCUAUAUACCACAGCCCCAUAACAAAACAGGAAGAAAUGGAGCUGAAUGACAUAGGGUUCAAGUUUGUUAGAAAGUGCAUCAAUGUCAUUGAGACAAAAGGGAUCAAGACAGAAGGAUUGUACCGUACUGUGGGCAGCAAUAUCCAGGUUCAGAAGCUGCUGAAUGCCUUUUUUGAUCCUAAAUGUCCAGGAGAUGUUGAUUUUCAUUAUAGUGACUGGGACAUUAAGACAAUUACCAGCUCCUUGAAAUUCUACCUCAGGAAUCUUUCUGAACCUGUCAUGACCUACAGACUUCACAAAGAGCUGGUCUCUGCUGCCAAGUCUGACAACCUGGAUUACCGGCUGGGAGCUAUUCAUUCCUUGGUAUAUAAGCUACCUGAAAAGAACCGAGAGAUGCUGGAACUUAUUAUAAGACACUUGGUCAAUGUAUGUGAGCACAGCAAAGAUAAUCUUAUGACCCCCUCUAACAUGGGGGUGAUCUUUGGGCCCACUCUGAUGAGAGCUCAGGAGGACACUGUUGCUGCCAUGAUGAACAUCAAAUUCCAGAACAUCGUGGUGGAAAUCCUAAUUGAGCACUUUGUCAAGAUCUAUUCAGGUCCACCUGAAGAAAGUGCUACACCUCCAGUGCCUCCACCUCGAGUGACAGCAAGAAGGCACAAACCAAUCACAAUUUCAAAGCGCUUGUUGCGAGAAAGAACAGUUUUUUAUACUUCUUCUGUGGAUGAAAGUGAAGAUGAAAUCCAACAUCAAACACCCAAUGGUGUUAUCACCAGCAGUAUAGAACCCCCCAAGCUACCACAAUACCCCAAACUGCCUAUUCAGAGGAGUGGGGAAGCUGAUACUGAGAGGCAGUCCCCAAGCAGGCUUGUUUCAGAUGGCAAGUUGGAGUCCUGUCCUGAAGUGGAUGUGGGGAAGCUGGUGUCUAGAAUGCAAGAUGGAGGAACCAAGGCCAUAUCAAAGGCCACCAAUGGACCUGUGCCAGGCUCUGGGCCCACCAAAGCACCCUCUUUCCAAAUAAAGAGACCAGCUCCUCGUCCCCUGACUCACCACAAGGAGGGGUGGCUUCCAGGACCAGGUUCUUUGAAACAGCUUCCCGAAAAACAGGAAGUUCUCAAGGAAGACUUCCUGGAGAUGAGAGUUGAGGCCUCAGGUUUUGAAAUCCUUGGUCUCAGAGGAUCCUCCACAGGUUCUGGAAGGGUCUUCUUCAAACCCUUGUGUGUUGAGUCAUUUUGUGUUGAGGAGAGCAGCUUCUUCCUGGCCUUGCACCUUCAGGUUCUAGGAUGCUAUAAAAUAAGGGGCACAUGUCUUAGGCACAGGUUUAUUUCUCCUAUGUAUUCUGUCUUCAUUCCCUAUGAAGAUCUAUGUUGAGCUACUAUAUGACUGUGAAUGGCUGAACACCCUCAAGCCAGACUGCAGAAACCAAGCUAUCUACUGACCUGAGUUGAAGAAAGGAGCUUAGUUUUCAGCUCUUCUCCGAAUUUCCUGCCUCCUCAGAAGACCAUGGAACUCUGAAAGAUUUUGGACUAAAGACUGAUCUCAGAGGUCUUACCCUAAAGUAGAAGCUACUUGAGUUGGGGGCCAUUGCCCAUUGUAGAAGAGUAGGAAUUUUUGCUGAACAUUGGAGAAUAUUAACAUGUCUCUUACUAAGGAUAAGGAGGCUGGUACUAGGUUGGAGUUCUGGCACUGCAGUAUAUUACCAAGAACCUGUCUGCUCCUAUUGGGCCAGACAGCAUGAGUGAUGCCAAACACAACCUCUUCAUGUGGACUCAAAAAGUGGCCUUCCUGUUUUUACAUAUAGCCACAUAGGACAAAUCUACAAAGAAUAUUUUGCAUGUUGAAGCCUAGGUUUGUUUGAGUUAUUUUUCCUGUUUUUUUUUCCUGACAGCUUCAUUUACAAACAAUUAAGAAAGAUACAAAAGCUGAAAAACAGUUCUUUUAAAAAUGCAGGCUGUAUUUGUCCUGCACGAGUUCCAUUCCUGGGUCAAAUACUGGGAAAAAUUGUUAAGAUGGAUUGAGUCCAGGCAGCUGGCACUAUUGCUUCAUGUUUGCCUUAUGCAGAUAAGCAAGCUCUUUUAUCUCCUCCAAGAAACAACUCCUAUCCCAGUGUCCGUGGAUUCAGAAACUCCACGAAGCUUCUGAAAUGGUAUGCAGAACUCCAUGACAAUGUGCCUUUUCUGGGGAGAUGGUCCAUAGCAUUCUACUGAAUUUCAGAUGGACCUGUGACCCAAUAAAGGUUAAGAACCACAGCACUUGAGAUAAAAGAUUCUAUUUACAACCCAUAAAGUAUAUGAUUGGAAGAGCCUUCCAAAAUUAUUUAUUCUAACUGCCUAAUUUACCUUUGGAGAAACUGAAACAAUGCAAGUUAUUAGCCAGGCCUAAACAAGAUCCUAGGUCCCUGGGUUCCCGUGCAAGUUUCUUUCCAUUUUACAACACUUGUCUAAUAAGAGGAUUUAUGAUUGGUGGCUUUAGUGGUCAUCAUUUUGAGUGUUUGGUUUUUACCCUCUUUACUGAAUCCCACAUAUUUUUCAUCAAGUGGAAAACUUUAAGACGUAAGCUCCUGGUGUUCCAUUUGCCAUCUCAGUCAUUGGAAAAGUACUAAAACACAACUGGUUUAUUGAGUAGUCAAAAAUCUGAGUAAACAUCUCUGAGUCUUGUUUGUUGAUGGGAGGCUGCUGGAGAAAGUGUCAUUGCUUGUGUUCCCAUGCACGUGUCUAGACCAUAGCCUGUUUUUAGAGUCUGUAUAUUUAUAAUGUGACCAAGUGUGACAGAAAGGAUUUUCCUACUUGGACCCUUCUAGCAAGACCCUGACUAUGGAACUGAUAGAGAAGCAUAGACAUGGGUGGGAAGAGGGGAAGGAGAGAAGGAAGGAGAGGGAGAUGGAUGAAGGGGAAGAGAGAGAAACACACAUUCUCAAACCGACUCUGAGAUGCCUUUGAAACAGUGUUACUGAAAGGUGAUAGUCACUUUCAAGACUGAACUCAACAUGGUUUAUUGGUGAAUUAGUAACAUGUAGGCUAAACACACUGAGAGCCCUUGUGGAAGUUAUUGAGUGGAAACUUGAUGCCAUUCCCAAUAGACAUGCCCAAGUAGCCACAUAAAACUCUCUCAGCUCUACCCAGUCUCAAAGACCAAGUUAAUAAGAACCAGUAGCAAGAAAGCCAAGUAGCCAUCACUCUACCUGCUACUCACCCCCAAAGGAAUUUUCUGUGAGACUACGGCCUCACCCAGGAAGUUCUUGUUGAGCCCUGGUCUCAGAGCUGUGGCGUCUUUGCUCUGCCCCCAUUAGAUGAAUGAUUAAAGCAAGCGGGUGUGUAGAUUUUGGCCACAUAUUGAAAGAUUAUUGAGAACCAGAGAAAGCCACUGCAGUCCCAGUUGAAUAGGUGUCCUAGAAAUGUGACCAUGAGAUUGCUGUGUGUUUUCUGGGACAUAUAUAGAUCAAGACCCUGAGCUAGAAAGUUGGGACCACCAGUAUGGCUGGAUGUCAGGAAGCAGUAACUGGAUAGCUCUGCCCCUGCCCUAGUCUAUACCCAAAGAAUGCCCCCAAAUGAACCUCAGAGCCUCCUCUUUUGCACUCUGAUUUAAAGAGUACAAACUUUUGUGGUGAGGCACACCAUCAUGGAAUGAGACUGUCUUGGCUCAGGCUUAAUGGAUGAACAGUCAUUCAGAAGAGGCUAUUGGAAUGGGAUGAUAAUUGAGUGACAACUAUAGGAAAUUACCUACAUACCUUGGCCAGAAGGUUAGAUAAACUGUCAGUGGAUGAACUGUAAAUCUUGAACUGACAGUAAUAACAUUUAUUAAGCACCUACUAAGUUCUAAGUGCUUUAUAUACAUAAUCUCCUUUGUCCUUACAACAAUCAUGCAGAGAUGCUAUUCUCCUCAUUUUACAGAUAAAAGAUUUAUGGCCCAGGAGGCUAAAGUAACUGGCUCAAAUUCACACAGAAAGUAAAUGACAGGACCGUGGCUUGAAAUCCAGGCCUCUCUGACUCCAUGCUGGUUUCCCUUUGUCACACAGAAGCUACAUUACUGGAAUUGGCAUGACUCUAUGACUUUUUAUCCCUAAUAAAAUAUUAGAAGGCCAGAAUUUGAGGGGAAUUUGGGGAUGCAGGUCUAGUUUACAGGGGAACAAACACUGGGCCGAAAGAGAUUUCUGAGUUGGGCUUUCUCCUCACCUUCCAUUUAUGCAUUCUGUAAUGUUUUUAAAAGGAUCAUUCAAUUUAACCUUGUGAAAUGAAUGGUUUACUUUUUAGUUGGUAGUUGUUGAGUCCUUGGCUUAGCUGUUUUUCAAAGGAAAAAGGAUCCUUGUAUGUGUCUAUGUACUUUGCCAAGGCUGUAGCAUGUGUAUUUUCAGUCCAAGAGAUUGGAGAUACCCACACAGACAGUUUAAGAAUCAAAAAAGGUAUUUGUGGCUCUCUGGUACUUAUUACCUUGGGGUAAAAUCGUUACAACGUUUUCUGUGGUGAUCGCAAAAUUAAGAGGUAGUGUAGAAUAAAAAAUGUUAUUGAAGUUUUUGCUUAAAAAAUGUGGGGAGGUUGUCCAGCUACAGGGUGUGGAUGUAAAAUUCAGCAUCUGAUUUCAGUAAUGAAACAGUGUCAUAUAGAGUAUAAAAUAACUGGUUUUGUGGGAAAGGAUUCUUCCCUUUUCUAGAACUUCCUUGAUUAUGUAAUAACUAGAAUAGAGUAGAAGAAGAUGUAUCUCUGUGGCCAGAAAACACAUUGCUUUCAAAAGAAUGUAGAUCAAUGAUAUUAGUUUUAACGUAGCUGCAAGCAAAUGGCCUUGACACAUUACAAUCCCCAAAAGCUUCAGAAGCAUUUAAAAAUUUCAGACGGAAGCAAGAUACCUUGAAAAGAUGUUUCUGAUGAAGAAGAAACCUUCAUUUUCAUGAAGCACUUGAUGCCAAGGACAUUAAUAGAUGCUAGAAAGACUGCCUAUGUGAAAUACAUAUGUGACAGACAAAAGAAGGAGGUCCUUGGGCCCAUUCAUGUGACUUUCAAUAAAAUAUGCAGACUCUCUA